AUGGGGAGAGUUUUUAAGGGUUUGGGGCUUCUGGGUGUUGUGUUCUUGGCAGCCAUUGCCGAGGGAAGGUUCCUUGAGAAGGAUAACUUCCUCGGUGGUGGUGGUCUUGGUGCUGGCGGCGGUUUAGGUGGUGGUGCAGGUGGCGGUCUUGGUGGUCGUGCUGGCGGUGGUUUAGGUGGUGGCGCUGGUGGUGGUCUUGGAGGUGGUGGUGGUGCAGGUGGCGGCCUUGGAGGUGGUGCUGGUGGCGGUUUAGGUGGUGGUGCUGGUGGCGGUGUUGGAGGUGGUGCUGGAGGUGGUGGUGCUGGUGGCGGUGUUGGAGGUGGUGCUGGAGGUGGUUUAGGUGGUGGUGCUGGUGGCGGUCUGGGAGGUGGUGCUGGUGGAGGUUUAGGUGGUGGCGCUGGAGGCGGUCUUGGAGGUGGUGGUGGUUUAGGUGGUGGUGCUGGCGGCGGUUUAGGUGGUGGUGCUGGUGGCGGUCUGGGAGGUGGCGCUGGCGGAGGUUUAGGUGGUGGCGCUGGUGGUGGUCUUGGAGGUGGUGCUGGUGGCGGUUUGGGAGGUGGUGCUGGAGGAGGUUUAGGUGGUGGCGCUGGUGGCGGUCUUGGAGGUGGUGCUGGUGGAGGACUAGGAGGAGGCUUUGGAGCUGGAAAGGGGGUUGGGUUUGGAGCUGGAAGUGGUGCAGGUGGUGGCUUCGGAGGAGGAGGUGGUGCUGGAGGCGGUGCUGGUGGUGGCUUAGGAGGAGGAGGUGGUGCUGGUGGUGGUUUUGGAGGUGGUGCUGGAGGUGGCGUUGGUGGUGGCUUUGGCGGAGGAGCUGGUGGCGGUGGUGGUUUCUGA